UAUGACUGCAGACGUACCUACGGGCACUUGGACAUUGUAAGACAACUAACCAUUUCCGUGCGUCGUACUCAGCGGGAUGAUCAUAUCCGCUCCUUUUAGAAAACAAGUGAAACGAACUAAAAAGUCGGUGUUACGGCUAAGCACCAUACGCUCGUUACUUAAAUAAAUGGAUCUAGAAAUAGCAAAAGAUGAUGUUAGUGUCAGUGAUGGAUAUCAUCUGGUCUUCAGUGAUAUCAGCUAUGGAUUUAAACAGAAUUUUACAAAAAAAAUAUUAUUUCGGAAAACUAAAAGAAAACCAAGGGAUGAACAGUUCAUUCUGAAGGGCGCGUGUGGUGCCAUUCGUCCAGGCAGACUCACUUUCAUCCUCGGUCCUUCAGGUGCCGGCAAGACUACACUAUUAAAAAUACUAGCAGGGCGCAAAAAGACUGGAGUAUCUGGUCACCUCCAAGGCGCUGGUCGAAACGUCGUGCUGGUAGCACAGCACGCCACCCUCAUCGACACGCUCACGGUGCGGGAGACGCUCCAAUUUGCUUCCUCGUUGAAACUACCUCACGCCAGCCGACAUGAACGCACCAAUACAGUGGAAUCUGUGUCAAAACAACUGGGUAUACGUGAGGUGUUCGACACGAGAGCUGGGCGCUUGUCGGGCGGAGAGCGCAAACGGCUGACCAUAGCAUGUGAACUGCUCACCGACCCCACUGUGAUGCUCGUCGACGAACCCACUAGCGGCCUUGACUCCGUAUCAUCCAUGUCAGUGGCCCAGGCUCUCAAAUCAGUGGCAAACAGUGGACGGACCGUAGCCUGCGUGAUCCACCAGCCUUCUUCCCAACUCUUCACUUGUGCCGAUGACGUCAUUCUCCUUGCCAAUGGAAGGACCUUAUACGCCGGGGCAAUUGCAGAUGUUCCAGAAUUACUCAAGAAAUUUGAUUUCGUUUGCCCACUUUACUACAACCUGGCGGAUUUUCUUUUAGAAAUUGCAAGUGGUGAAUGUGCUGGAAAAUGGACCCCUCUAGAACGAGAAGCACAUACGUACGCCAUUGAAAUGAAAAAGAUAGCAGAUAAAGAAGUUCAACGCGGGACUGGAAAAGAUAACUCGACCGAAGCGGAAGCCCUGUUAAGACCAAACAUAGAUUAUGUGGAAACAUACGCAGCCGGAUUUGGACAGCAAAUGUGUGCACUUCUACAUCGAGGGUACCUUGGCGCUCUUCGGGAUGUUCAUCUCACACAGAUAAGAGUUACCACCCAUUUCUUGGUAGCGCUUUUACUGGGCGCGCUGUACCACGGCGCGGGCAGUGAAGGCAGCCGCGUGAUGUCCAACACGGGCUGUCUGUUCUUCUUCUUGCUCUUCCUGUAUUUCUCGAAUGCUAUGCCAACGAUACAAAAUUUUCCUACGGAAUCUACGGUGGUGCUUCAGGAACACCUCAACAAGUGGUAUUAUUUGUCCACCUACUGUGCUUCUAAGAUAAUAGUGGAUCUGCCAAUACAGUUAUUGUGUGCUACGGUAUUCGUCUUCCCCGCGUGGUACUUAACGUCGCAGCCCCUGGAGCCCUACAGGCUGGGCCUGGCGUGGGUCAUCUGUAUCCUCAUUACCGUCCUGGCCCAGACCUUCGGACUCGUAGUAGGAGCUGCGUGCGGAGUCAAGCUGGGACUCUUCGUCAUUCCUGCUGCAAACAUUCCUAUGUUGAUGUUCUCCGAAUUCUUCAUUCCCUACAAAGAGAUGCCAACUUACUUACAACCAUUCGCUUUAAUAUCAUAUUUCCGUUACGCGUUCGACGCAUUCCUUCAAACUGCAUACGGUUUUAAUCGCGAGAAAUUGCCGUGCCACACGGUGUUCUGCAUAUUCAAAAAUCCGAGCAAGUAUUUAGAUCACUUAGGACUGUCGCAAAACUUUACUAACGACGUAGUAGCAUUAAUUAUAUGGAUUGUACUUCUGAAAAUAUCACUCAUGUGCGUUUUGAAAUACAGAGUUUAUAAGGCGUGUAGAUAGUGUUGCAUGAAUUUAAAGACAAUGCGUUAAAGGCUUUAAUAACUUUAACUAAUAUAAUUAUAAUGAUAACGCUAUUUAUAGUUUGUAUAAUAGUGAUACUUAAGGCUAAGGUGCUACUCGAUUUUAUAAGUAAAAUAACUACAUUCCGAAAAUGAGAUUUGUGAUACUUUUACAUAAUGGAUAUGGGAAAAUUCUGAAAAUUACCCCUGUCAUCAUUUUCAUAAGUCAUUGAAUGAACGCGCGACGGUAGAGACGCCAAAGCGUGUCCUGCUCAAUAUGACGUUCCGCAGUGCUGCUGUUUACCGUCGCGCGUCGCGCGUGAUCCCUGAUCAGCGGGGUAAGGGACUGUACCUACACAAAACUGCGAUGCGACGCGAUGCGAAUUCGCAACGCAGAAAGUUGCGACACGAAUUGCUGCGAUGCGAUUUCGUGCGGCAAGGCGUCUUCCUUCCACGAUAAGGUGACCAUUCCUUCGAAUUUGAUGCUCGAUCAAUUCGGAAGUUCUUGCAACGCGACGUGCGAGCUCGCAGGUUUUUCCGAUGCGACGUCGUAUCGCAGUUUUGUGUACAAGCCCUAAAGGCUCGCUAACUCAGUGGUAAGACAAUGAUAGCCACCGAGCUCAUAUGAUAUUGAUUGGUUCUACAUUGCUGCUUCACUGCGUGACAAUAAAAUUAUGUUUCGAAGAAAACCGCCAAUGGAAUGUCAAAUGGACUAUCAUUCAGUGUUAUGUUGACCCUGACCAGGGAGUUAGCAAAUCAUCCACAGGGCUUACCGACUUUAUAUUUACGUGCCAAUCCGGCACAGGCGGCUCGGUUUUAGGGACUUAGGACUCAGCGGUUUGUGUGUAGGUACCAAUGGUAGGUACGUAUAAUGCAUUCAAGCUAAGAAUAGGAAUGACUUUUCGUCAUAUUAUUGUGACGUCUAAGAUACUACACUUAAUAUUUUGAUGCAAUAUUAAUACAUAUUCAAUCGGGGUGGGGAUAGGAUUGCCAUGUCGACCUGUCGCGAACUAUACUUACCUAGUACCUACCUACCACCUAUUUGUUUUUAAUUGAUUUUGUUGUGGCACUUAGGGGAAAAAAUUGGUGUACCUACCUAUGUGUAUCAUUUUCCUUUUUGAUUUGCAAGGACUGAACGUUAGUGAAUUUUCUCAUUCUGACUUUGAAUGCGUUACUGCACGAGUAUAAGUACCUGCCAGUUAUUAUAAUUAGGUAGGUAUGAUACGUUUCCACACAUGAUAUAGGUAACUAGGUAAGGUAACUAGGUACGUUUAUAUUAUUAUUACAUGGCGAACCUUCCAAUGCGUUUUUGGCAUGUUUUUGGUGAGUUAGGGCUCCAUUAGACGGACUGCGGUAACUGACUGAGUGAGUCCGUCUGAUAGAGCCCGUAGAUAGACUGCGCAUCACGUGAAUCGUCAGAUCCCAUUGAAGAUUUGCGACGAUCAUGGGUGACGAUUGUGUAAUAGAAAAAUUCACCUCUCAUCAAGGGGUUGAUUUAUAGGUAUUAAUACAAUAUGAUGUAGGUACCCUAUAAUAGUAUAGGUAAUUUUUUUAUAAAAUAUUUAUAGAUUUAGGUACCUAGGUAUACUUAGACUGUUUCACAUAUUUUAUCAUACAUUAUUACCUAAUAGGUAUGUGAUUUUUGUACACAACAUUGUGACUUUUGUAAUAAAACUUUUUUUAAUAAGA